UGGUAAGUGCCCCUUUUAGUUUGAUGAGUUCAUGGUUGAAGGAUCAUGUGAAAGGAGCCGGCUGAGCGGUACAUGAUGUGCGCUGCCUGCGAUCAGACCUCUCUCUUGUCUAGAAAGGGGCGCUGUCCCGCAUAAUGAGGUGUCGCAGAGGGAAGAGCGUCACUCGCAACAUGUGAAAUCACAAACGUGUAGGAGCUUUGGUCGUUUUGUGUCACCAAACCAUCACACGCAACGCUGCACACCGUCUUCUGCGCUUCUACGGAGCACUUUUUCCAAGGCCAAGCUUCCAGCAUACGCACAACUUGACCGCCAUUAUGGCCGAAGUUCCAGUGCCCAUCGGGGCCAUUUACAAGGGCGGGGACAGCGCUUCUUUGAACGCUUUGCGCGCCAACGAAGAGGCCAGCAAGAUGUACGCUCCAUCCGUCUUUUCCCCUCACACGCUCUCGGAGAAGGGCCACAAGAGGGUGGCCAAGGACAGGGUGCCCAAAGGCAAGAACAAGAGGCCCACAGAUGACGCCAUCUCUAAAGGAGCCACCUUGCCAUCUCAGGAGGCUGGAUUCGAUGUGUACUACGAGGUGCAUGGCAAAGGGCCCAAGAAGAUUAUCUGUCUCAUGGGUCUCAACAACAGCUGUUUCGGCUGGCUGCAGCAAGUGGAGCGUUUCGGAUCAGACCCGGACUAUUCCAUCCUCGUCAUUGAUAAUCGCGGCUACGGCAACUCCGAGACGCCUGCCGGCUUCUACACCACAUCCUCCAUGGCGAAAGAUGCCCUCGAGGUGCUGGAUCAGAUUGGAUGGACCGCAGAUCGGCAACUGCAUGUGGUCGGCGUGAGCAUGGGCGGGAUGAUUACCCUGGAGAUUGCCAAGCUGGCUCCCAAGCGCGUUGCGAGCAUCAAUUUGGUCAGCACGACGUCUGGACAAGGAAGGGGAGAGAAAAAUCUCCUGACAUCACUGCCGCCUCUCACCGGCGUGACCACUAUCGCGCGAGUGAUUGCAGGAAGGAUCCUCAAUAUGGACUCGGAUCAGUGGAGGGUGGGACAGGUGCUCGAAUUGCUCUUUCCCAAAGUCUGGCUCGCAGAGGUUCAUCCCGAAGAUCCCAGCGGCCGCACACGGCGAGACGUGAUGAGGGAGAUGUUCGAGUGGCGCUUCGCCUACACUCGGAGGCAAACACUGCCCGGCGCUUUUGCUCAGAUCGGAGCGGUGGCUACUCACAGGGUUACACCUAAAGAGCUGGCAGCUAUCAACCUCGAUAUUCCUGCCAUUGCCAUCUUUACGGGAGAUCAAGACAAUCUCGUCAAUCCUGCCAACUCGUUCCACUUGCACAAGCACCUUCCUAGGGCCGACUUUACACAGUACAAGAAUGCCGGUCAUGCUUUGCCCGUACAGAAACCUCAGGAACUCAACGACGCCUUGCAGAAGAAUUUCGAGAAGGCCGCCGCUCACCUGGCAAACAGCGCCUCCGGACCCUGGCCUCACUUUACAUCUGUCUCGAAGCAAUGAGAUGCAGGCUGGUUCCUCUGGCCUUCACGUCGCAAUGUAAUGGACAUUGAGCGCCACGGGGAAAAUGCUGGGCGAAUGCAGUGUGGCAUGCUGAAGGUCUCAAACAAGUACAUAGAUCUCAUCCAAUACCGGCCGCUUGACGUUGCGAGCUUUGAUCGCUUCGCGCACCAUUUGUCUAGUCAAGAGGAGCGCUGGCUCCAACAGCGGCGUCGGCUGCCCCAACUUUUGAGC